CAAACCCCUUUGGUGUGGUUGCCCCAAUUUUGCACUUCGAGAUCACAGCAAAAGAACCAUCACCAGUCCACCAAGUGGACCGUGACAUUUUAAGUGGCAUCACAGACAGGAUCCCAAGAGACAGAGGGGUGCAGAAUGUGGCUAAGGUAAGAUCAGGUAGAGGCAAAACGAUAAUCUGUGCUGUUCAUGGAGCCAGCCUGGUUGCAGCAGUCAAAGAUCACCUUAAGCAGCAUAGUUAUGAAAAACAAAUCAUAGAAUCUCUAGAAAAUUUUGUGCAAAUUUUGCAAAGAACAACCUCUAACCUAGAGGAAAAAAGGGAAGAAAACAGCUCGUUAAAAACUGCCCUAAGGGAGGAAUAUUCAAAAAAUACCCAGUCACUGAGUGAGAUAGAGCUGAAGACAGAGGAAAAAGGUAUUCGACAAAAAAACCCAAUAUACCCCCAGAAGGAAUUGGAGGAAGCGAGGAAUCGCUUUGGGAACCUCCAAGUGAGACCCUUGAUUAAAACAGAAUAUUUUUAUACAAAUGAUGAGGAUAAUGAACCUCAAAUUACAACUAAAGAGACAACAUAUACUGCCACUGAGCUAGCCAAACUGAAGAAAGAAUAUGGGUGCCUUCCAAAAGAAUCCGAAACAGAGCAUGUAUGGCACGUAUCCUUAACUGGGGGGGACCAAAUUCAAUUAAGUGAAAAAGAAGCUAGCGGUUACUGGGGCCAUGGAGUCUUCCUAACAACAGGAGAUAAAUGUGCCCCAUGGUCCCUGACCCAGCAGGCUGCCUACUGGGCUGGAGGGCUGAACCUUUUGGACAGAGGGGAUCCCCCUGGCAAUCACCGGCACGGUGAUCAAUUGCUAGAAAGUGUACACAAAGCAGCCUGCUUGCAAAUGAUACAUGAAAGCGAAUCAAUUCCUGGAUGUGAAUCCCCAAUGAUGCUGCUGGUGAAUCCUGAAAUCAUGACUCCCUUGAUAAGGGGACUCCCAGAGUUGCUUAAAUCUACAGGGAUUAAUCUAUAA